AUGGAGACGGAUGGAACAGACGAACAAAAAUGGAACAAUAAGGGAGUAUUUCCGUAUGAUUAUCUUGAUAAAUGGGAAAAAUUUGAUGAUACAACGCUUCCACCGAAAGAUCAAUUUUAUUCAAAAUUGAAUGAAGAAAAUAUUUCAGAUAAAGCAUAUGCCCAUGCUCUGAAUGUUUGGCAAAAGUUUGAUAUAAAAACACUUGGAGAAUAUUCUGAGUUAUACUUACAGACUGAUGUUGCUCUUUUAGCUGAUGUUUUUGAAAGCUUCAGAGCUGAUUGUUUGAAUACAUAUAAGUUAGACCCAGCACAUUAUUAUACGCUACCUGGACUUAGUUUUAGUGCAAUGUUGAGAUAUACUCAGAUUGAACUAGAAUUGUUAACAGAUCCUGAAAUAAUGUUGUUUGUUAAGCAAGGUAUAAGAGGUGGUUUAUCACAAGCCUCAAAUCGAUAUGGAAGAGCUAAUAAUCGAUAUAUGGGAAGUGAAUAUAAUCUUGAAGAAGAAGAGUCAUUUUUAAUGUAUUUUGAUUUAAAUAAUAUGUAUGAAGCUGCAAUGAGGGAAUAUCUUCCGACAUAUAAAUUUCAAUGGAUUGAUUACUUUGAUAUAUCAACAUUGAAUUCAAUUGCUGAUAAUUCAAAAUGUGGAUACAUUCUUGAAGUUGAUUUAGAUUAUCCUGCAAGUUUACAUUAUCAUCAUAAAGAUUUUCUAUUAGCACCAGUACGCGAAAAACCACCUCUAGAAACCAGUAAAACUCCAAAAUUAUUGGCAACUCUAGAUAAUAAGAAAAAUUAUGUUAUUCACUACAGGAAUUUAAAACAAUAUUGUUCUUUAGGGAUGAUUAUUACUAAAGUUCAUCGUGUUCUAAAAUUUAAACAAAGUUCAUGGCUUAAACCAUAUAUUGAUCUUAACACUGAGUUACGGAAACAAGCUCGUAGUGCAUUUGGAAAAGAUCUAAGAAAAUUAUUCAUCAAUGCAAUUUAUGGAAAAACUUUAGAGUCUGUAAGAACUCGUAAAUCAAUAAAACUUGUACAAAAAUAUGGUGGUAAGGGUAGAGCUAGAUCUUAUAUCUCAAAGCCAAACUUCCAUAGCCACUUAAUCAUUGAUGAUCUUGUAAUAAUUGAAAUGAAACCAACAAGUAUACUGUUCGAUAAACUAAUUUAUCUCGGAUUUUCUAUAUUGGAAAUUUCAAAAACAUAUAUGUAUGAUUUCCAUUAUAAUUUUAUAAAACCAGAAUAUGGAGAUAAAGUUAAGUAUUUAUAUGGUGAUACUGAUUCUGCUGUUUACCACAUACCCGUGUAA